CUUUAGGAAAUUAACAAGAAACUGAAGCUUGAUUCAAAUAAACUCUGAAUUGAAGCUGGAAAUGUACUAGAAUUUAGAUUCUUUCAUUUGAUUAAGGUAUGGUGUGAAUAUGCGUUGCUUGGCAGCUCGGGUCAACUACAAGACGUUGAUUAUCAUCUGUGCACUCUUCACGUUGGUCACAGUACUUCUGUGGAACAGGUGUUCCAGUGACAAUGCAACUUCAUUUCCACGGCACUUGAGUAAUGGCUUCAGGGUGGAUGGACUAGAAAAGAGAGCGGCGGCAUCUGAGAGUGACCGACGUGUGAACCACGGGGGCAGACAGCAGUCAGAGGAGACGCUCCUGCAGGAGCAGCAGAAAGCACCCCCUGUGGCUGGGGGCUUCGAUGGCAGUGUGGGCAGCAAGGUGUUAGGGCUCAAAUAUGAAGAAAUUGACUGUCUCAUCAAUGAUGAGCACACGAUUAAAGGGAGACGAGAGGGGAGUGAAGUCUUUCUUCCAUUCACUUGGGUGGAGAAAUACUUUGACGUUUACGGAAAGGUGGUUCAGCAUGAUGGCUAUGACCGGUUUGAAUUCUCUCACAGCUAUUCCAAAGUCUACGCACAGAGAGCCCCCUACCACCCAGAUGGCGUGUUCAUGUCCUUUGAAGGCUACAAUGUGGAAGUCCGAGACAGAGUCAAGUGUAUCAGUGGAGUUGAAGGUGUGCCUUUGUCCACUCAGUGGGGACCCCAAGGCUACUUUUACCCCAUCCAGAUUGCACAGUAUGGGCUGAGCCAUUAUAGCAAGAACCUGACAGAGAAGCCUCCUCACGUAGAGGUGUAUGAGACAGCCGAAGAUGAGGACAGAAAUGGCAAACCCAAUGCCUGGGCAGUGCCCAAGGGCUGCUUUAUGGCCAGUGUGGCUGACAAGUCUAGAUUCACCAAUGUGAAACAGUUUAUUGCCCCAGAAGCCAGUGACGGUGUGUCCUUGCAGCUGGGAAACACAAAAGACUUUAUUAUUUCAUUUGACCUCAAGUUCCUAACGAACGGGAGCGUGUCUGUGGUUCUAGAGACCACCGAGAAGGGCCAGCUCUUCACUAUCCAUUAUGUCUCAAAUACCCAACUCAUUGCUUUUAAAGAAAGGGACAUAUACUAUGGCAUCGGGCCCAGAACUUCAUGGAGCACAGUCACCAGAGACCUAGUUACUGACCUCAGGAAAGGAGUGGGGCUCUCCAACACAAAAGCUGUCAAGCCAACCAAAAUAAUGCCCAGAAAAGUGGUGCGAUUGAUUGCAAAGGGAAAGGGCUUUCUGGACAACAUCACCAUCUCCACCACCGCCCACAUGGCUGCCUUCUUUGCUGCCAGUGACUGGCUGGUAAGGAAUCAGGACGAGAGGGGUGGAUGGCCCAUCAUGGUGACCCGGAAGCUAGGGGAAGGGUUUAAGUCUUUAGAGCCAGGGUGGUACUCUGCGAUGGCGCAGGGGCAAGCCAUUUCUACGCUUGUCAGGGCCUAUCUCUUAACAAAAGACCAGGUAUUCCUCAGUUCAGCUUUACGGGCUACAGCCCCUUACAAGUUCCCAUCAGAGCAGCGUGGUGUCAAAGCCGUGUUCAUGAACAAACAUGACUGGUAUGAAGAAUACCCAACCACGCCUAGCUCCUUUGUCUUAAAUGGCUUUAUGUAUUCCUUAAUCGGGCUGUAUGACCUAAAGGAGACUGCGGGGGAGACACUUGGGAAAGAAGCAGCAUCCUUAUAUGAGCGUGGGAUGGAGUCCCUGAAGGCCAUGCUGCCCCUGUACGACACGGGCUCAGGGACCAUCUACGACCUGCGGCACUUCAUGCUGGGUGUUGCUCCCAACCUGGCCCGCUGGGACUAUCACACCACCCACAUCAACCAGCUGCAGCUGCUCAGCACUGUUGAUGAUGCUCCCGUCUUCAGAGAGUUUGCCCGGAGGUGGAAGAGCUACCUCAAAGGUGGCAGGGCAAAGCACAACUAGUGCCAACAACCAAACCAUGGUCAGCCUCAGAACCAUAAGCCACAGGCCAUGCACCAGGCAUGGGGAACCCUGCUCCUGGCCUGAGACAGUUGCGUGUGCUCUGUGGGCAGGUGGCAGUUAGAGCAGGAAUGUUUGGGGUGCCUUGCUCAUUGCAGGCUGUAGACAAUAAGUAACGGUGAAUAGCCCUGGCCAGCUGCCGGCACAUCCACACGCAGUGCGGAGCGCUUUUCAGAUGUGAUUAUUUAUAUUUAUAUUGGAAGCAGAUGUUUAAAAAAUAUGUGCUGUAAUACAGUCAGUGUGUGUUUGUACCCUGGAUAGUGGACUGUGCUCAACUUUUUAAAAGCUAUUUCUUUUCUCUAGACAUUUCUGGGAGGUGAAUGGGUAUUUGUUGCAUUUGUUCAAUUUGAUACAUAUGGAGACUAUUUUGCAUUAUGGUUUUCUUGAUGUGUGUAAAUUAAACACACCCAGUCUUCAGGCUUCACAGUAUGUAAAGCACAACUAGAAUGAAACUUAUUGACCGCACAAGAAAUUACAGAAAUGUUUAUGAAACUUGAUCUACAAUCAGUGAAAGUGUGAUAAUCAGCCUGUCCCUCCUGCCACCCCUGUGUGAUGGUUUCUUUGUGUUGCCUUUUGUCUUCACUUUGACAGUUUUGUCUAGUCCGGGGACAUGAUGUAGAAUAUUGACUUUAAACCUAAAUUUGGGGAGGAUUUAGAAAUUUUAGGACCACCAUCUCUUCUGUUGCACCUGAGGAAAGGCCUAGCUUAAAUGUUCCAUACAUAAAUCACACUGGGGUUCCCUCCCCUUGGGGGUCAUUCUCUAUUCUCACUAAGCCAUUGGGGCUCUGUCUCUGUUGUUACUUGAAAACUUAGUUUUGAUUUAUUCCAGCUGUUUAGAAGAGGUGCUGCUGCUGUGUCUGGAAAGGUCUUUGUUGAGCCCCAGACAGAUUUCCUAGUAAUGCACAGCCCAGAAACAUAAGCCCCAUAAUAACAUACAGCUUGGAAACACACAAGCUCCUACAUGUUGAAGGGCUCAGCCGACACAGUGCUCUUCACCUGACCUCAGAAGAACCGGUGCCCUCUCUGCCUACAUGGUGUUGUGCAAUGGAACAUACAUGUCUGUGAUAGGUACACAAAAUGUAUGCACCUCAGAGUGGGCAGGAACAUGAAAAUUCAUUCCACACUGGAAACAAUUUUAAGCUGGCAGUAUACAAAUAAGCUUUGGUUCCCAAUUUCUAUGACCCCAGCUCUUCAUUUUACCCAUAACAGACAGAUGUGGGUGUUACAUUCCCCUGUCCACCUUUGUAAGUCUCAUACAUUCAAUGUCUCAACAACAUUUAAGCAUUAAAUAUGUCAUCUCAGUUAUAAAGGCAAGGACCUCCCCCAUUUUUUCGUGCUGACGUUUCAGAUGAAUGCCCUCCUUCUCCAUGUUUGCUGUUACUUAGUGGGUCCAGGAUUGUUUGUGUUUGCAUGCUGGUCUUCAGAGGAGGAGAGCUGGUGAGAACACUGUGGUCCUGCUCUGGGACAUACCAGUGCCUUAAUCCCACAGUCCCAAGCUAAGAGGGGAGGGGAGAGGAAGGGCUGCUGCUGGUUUAACACUGCCCUCCACACUGUAGUGGCAGCUUGGUUUGUCUUCUAUCCCCAAGGGGCAUUGUGGGUACUUGAGGACGUUCGGAAUCAUGGAGCUGAUUGAAGUGCAGAUACCCCGCAGAUAUCCCUAAGUCAGCCUGUUGCAGGAUGGUUACCUGUAGGUGAGCUGGACCACCAAGGAGGGAGGCCACCUGGGACCACCUGCAUUUUCACCCUGACAACUAUAGAGCUGUCUAGGGUUUUAAAUCAUGGAAAAUGUUUACUUAUUUUGAGUUUAGGAAUACUGGGGAGGGUACUUUAAAGUUUUGUUUCUUUAAUUUUUAUUUUCUUUAAGACUAUAGGUGUUGGUUUUGUUCACCUAAACAGCAAAGGUAAUUUGCUGAUAAUUGGUUGUCACUUCAAUUGCUCAACCAACCAAAAGCUUCCAGACCAAGGUCAAGUUUGACCCUUUUGGAGUUCCUGUACGUAAGGCUUCAGUCAAGAAGCACCAGGUGUGCCAGGGGUGCAGAGGUGACCACAAAGCUCCUGUGCAGCGAGUGUCUUCUUGGCAGUGUGCACUUUCACAGGAGCUGCGGUUCCAGCGUCCUGUCAUUGUCUUUCUCCUCCACUAUACAUGUGGGCUGUACACCAUGUGUGAAAUAUGCAAUAAAUGUUUACAUGACACCCUCCUUGAAGGGUAGUCCUGUGUAACGCUGUACAGACUUUGCGGUUGAAGCACAAUGUGCACAUGUUAGUUUUAUAUGCAGCAAAACUUGAUUUUUUUGCAGAUGGAAAGGUUAUUUUGUUUCUAUACAAAGUAAAUGAAUUGUGCUUAAUGUAAAGCUGCUUUAUAAAAUUGUAAAAUAAAAUUUUUAUCUUAAAAGGAA